ACCAUUGGCCCGGUGGCGGUUAUGUUACCAACAAGAUGAGCCUUGCAACGUCAGAAAUCCACUUUGUUCCUCAAGCCUUCCGUCUACCACAAGAAAGAGAAGACCUCCUGCGCCAUGCUAAAUCAAAUCCCAAGAAGAUGUGGGUACAAAAGAACAACAACCACCGAGGCAUCAAGAUUAGGCCUCUAAAUCAACUGACCCUGACAGGAGAAAGUUUUGUACAGGAGUAUGUGGAGAACCCAUUCCUUAUUGAUGGCAGAAAGUUUGACAUUGGCAUCUAUACAGUGGUGACCUCUAUCAACCCAUUGAGGAUGUACAUGUAUGAAGAGGAGGCUCUCUUCAGGUAUUGUUCAAAGGAAUACCAUCCUUUCGACCCAUAUGAUGUUGACAAGUACGUCGUCGAUGAAGACUACACUCCAACUUGGGAGAUGCCGUCUCUGAUGGAUACCUACAACAGACUACAGUACAGUCACAAGGACACGUGGAACCACUAUGUCAGGUCUAUAGGUAAAGACCCGUCAGGUGUGUGGAGAGACAUUAAGACGUCCCUGAGGGAGGUGUACCUGUCGAAGGAACACCUCUUCAUAGAGCAACUGCGGAAUUACAAUUUUAAGUCUUCCAGAAACUUUUUUGAGAUGGUUCGUUUCGACUUUGUUGUGGAUGAGGACCUGAACAUUUUCCUCAUGGAGGUGAACAUGUCCCCAAACAUGGCGUCCGGUCACACCCCACCUAAUAAGUUCAUGUACGAGCAGGUAUUGUUCAAUCUGCUCAACUUGGUCGGUGUAGCCAGAUCAAUUCCAACAACCUUGGAGGGAAGCCCUGACGACCAGAACAAGAUGGUGGUGAGUGACCGUGACAUUCAGGUGUACCCUGACCUCUGCACCUCCGAUACAUGCAGGGCCACGACAAGCUGUGUCAACAUGUAUUGCAAGCUGUGUGAACACUGCCUGACACCUGAAUGGAGAGAUCACCUGAAGGCUGCAUUUAUGGAGCAUGUCGGUAGGAGGAACUUCAGGAGAGUCUGUCCUGUACCAAUGACUCAGGGAGAGGCAAACAACUUAAAACCUCCCAGUGAAUCAAGUCUGAGUGAGGCCAACUGGUUGAUGGACCUCUGGUUUCGGGGCAAGUGCCACAGGGACCCCGCGUGGUGUACAUAAACUUUUCAACUGCUUGAAGCCGGAAAACUCAUAUCUUAAACACAUCAAAACAUAUUCCAUUUUCAAUCUUUGCUAAUAACAAACAGCAGCUUGAAUUUCCAAGAUUUUACUCAAACAUGU